UUAUUGACAAGUUCAGCAAUGAUUCAUGGUCCAAAAGUGUGACUAGACUAUAAUAUCAAGAGAAAGUUCAACUUCUUUGCAUUAUGCUCCCAGACGACUGCACCCAGGAAAAACGGCCCAAAUGGAGAUCUUAGAAAAAGAAAACAGAAAUUAUGACGCUCCUUGUAAUGCGUUGAUUUGUCAAGAUGACUUUCGCAAAGGCAAUCAUCCUGCAAACCAAGGCAAGCUGCAAGGGGGAUCUUUUUUUACCCGUCACCGACUGGUUUUACUGGGUCUGAUAUUGCUGAAUGCAAUUCUGCUGAUUGUGACGGUUGUUCUGGGGAUUUACUGUGCCAAAGUCAAAGAGGAAGCCCAUGAAAAAUCAGAGACUGAGCGCACAGCCCAUGAGCAAACAUUACUGCAGCUGACGCAGCAGAAGAACCUCAGUGACGACCUUCGCAAGCAGGUUGAGAUGCUACAAGAAGAGAGAACAAGACUUCUGUACAAUCAAACCACUUUAAAGGAAAGCUGCAGCAAAUGCCAGCCAGGAUGGAUUCUUCUUAAUUCAUCCUGCUAUUUCUUUUCUAAUCCUGCGUCCAACCCCAAAAGGAACUGGCCGAACAGCAGAGCAGACUGUAUCAGUCGUGGAGCCGAUCUGGUCGUGAUCGAUAACUGGGAGGAGCAGCAACUGCUGAAUGACAACUAUAAAACUGACUCCACCAGCAAAACCUGGUGGGAGAAUGGGUACUGGAUUGGCCUCACUGACAUUGAGACCGAGGAAAAGUGGGUCUGGAUUAACAAUGUGACCCAGGUGGAAACGUACUGGAUCCCGGGAGAACCGAACAACCAUGGUCCUGAUGGUGAGGACUGUGGUGCCUUUUAUUUUAAUGGAGAUCCCAUGAAGACACGGUAUGAUGGAAAAUGCCAAUAUCAUCUUUAUAACUGGUUGUGUGAGAUUAAAUUAAAGUAAACAUGCAGCCUCU